AUGUUUGCUGCAAGGUUUGAUCCAAGUAGGCAUUAUGAAGAGGGUGAUACUGCUCCUCCUGCGCCUUCUUUGCCGAUGAAGAGGAGCAGAGAUGCCCAACAAGACGAGAGCGAAAGCGAGAUGAGCAGCGCAGAGAGCGAAGAUGAGGCCAUGCAGCUCGACGAUGAGGAGGAGGUCGUCGAUUCCAAGGGAAAGGAGAAUCACGGAUCUGAUAGCAUAGGCACCGGGGAGGCGGACAAGAGACACCAGUCGGUGCUGUCCAGGUUCCAGCGAACCAUCUCGGUACAGGAUAAGCUGGAUUCCGACGCCAUAGUCGGAUCAGAUAGCGAGGAGGAGCCCGCAAAAAUGCAUGGGCUGGUUCCAAUUGCGCAACCGGCUAUUGUGAGGGACACCCUAGCCCAGGAUAGCAGGAAGGAGCGCAAGCUGCUGGCGUGGUCCAACACAACGAAAAUCCACUACGACAGCACGAUGACGAAGCCCUUUGCGGCAUACAAGGAUAUAUUAUCUACAAGCCUACUUGCGAACGUUGAGGGCGGGUUUUCGCGGACGGCGUUUCCCAUACAGACGGCACUGCUGGACUCGGUUUUGCCGUUGAUGUCACAGGCAUACAGCGUCUCUAAGCGGUACUACACAAGAAAAGUCGGCGACAUACUGGUAAAUGCAUCUACUGGGUCGGGGAAAACCCUGGCGUAUGCUAUGCUUCUUAUACAUAUACUAAGCAGGCGCACUGUGAACAAGCUGCGUGCGGUAAUCCUGGUUCCCACCAAGCUGUUGGUGCAUCAGGUAUAUGACACAGUCCAAGCGCUAGCAAAGGGAUCGAGUGUGGUAGUUGCAGUGUCCAAGAUGGAUACCUCGCUGAAAGAAGAAUCUGCCAAGUUGAAGGCCCAGGAGCCGGACGUACUGAUCAUCACGCCCGGGAGACUGGUCGACCAUUUAAAUAUGCAGACAUUCUCCCUGAAAAACCUCAAGUUUCUUGUGCUUGACGAAGCGGAUCGCUUGCUGAACCAGUCAUUUCAGAACUGGUGUAUCGAGCUCAUGACGCGCCUGAACGCGGAACGGCCAUUUAAAGGUCCCGGUAACGUGAUCAAGAUGAUUUUCUCUGCUACUCUCACAACGAAUACCGAGAGGCUCCAUGACCUGCAAUUGCAUAACCCUAAGCUUUUCCUCAUGGGAUCACAACUGUAUCAUAUGCCUGCGCAGCUUCAGGAGUAUAAUCUUCCAAUCCCAACAUCCAAAAGCUACGCCAAGCCGCUCAUACUCCUACGCCUGCUACCGCUACUGUCAACGGAGAGCCUGCGCAUCCUGGUGUUUGUGAAGAGCAAUGAGGCUUCCAUUCGUUUGGCGGCUCUUCUCACUGCCAUGGUUGGCAAUGGCCUCUCAGCAGUCUCAACGACCGUCGGCUCCAUCAACAACAACAAUUCCAAGGCCACCAACAGAAAGCUAAUUGAAGCGUUUGCUGCCGGCGCCUCCGGCCAUUGUAGCAUUCUUGUGUCGACAGACUUAAUGUCUCGCGGCCUGGAUAUCUCCGGCAUUUCUCAUGUGAUAAACUACGACUUGCCCAUCUCAUCGCAGCAGUAUGUCCACCGGUGUGGCAGAACUGCCCGUGCCAAUACCUCAGGUACCGCCGUGAAUUUGCUCGUAGGCAAAGGUGAGCAGAAUUUCUGGAAAGACCACAUCGAUUCCGAUAUUUCACGGGCGCCAGACGGCUCUCACCUAUUUUUCGAUGAGGAACAACGUGAACAGCUAGUUUCGCUCAGUGAAGAAGAUACUGCAACCUACAAGAAAUGCCUGGAAGAGCUCAAGAAAAGUGUUUUAGGCCGCUAA